UCUAAAAUGAAAAAGAAUGAAAACACUAAAAAAAGAAGACUUAAUUUUAAUAGAACAUCGUUUAAAAAAUUUAAACAUACUGGUCCCGACGAAUUCUAUGGUCUUGCGGAUCCUUUGCCAAUUGAAGAAAGAUGCACAUUAGAAGAAUUGAAAGAAAAGAAAAAUGAGUUUAUAACAUCUAUUACGUUAUGCAAGUAUCAAAGGGAUAUUUUAGAAGUCGAUACAAGAGAACAAAGUUCCAGUUCCAAAUGGUUUGCAGAAAGGCGUAACAGAUUAACUGCCUCCGAUUUCGGAAAAAUUUGUAAGAUGCGUGAAACUACGUCUUGUAAAAAUACGGUAUUCAAUAAACUUUACAAUUCAUCUGGAAAUGCCAAUGAACCACAAGCAUGUAAAUAUGGCAAGAAUAUGGAAUCUCUAGCUAUUAAAUAUUUUGAAAACGAAAUAGGCGUACAAGUCAAUCGAUGUGGUUUAUUUAUUGACGAAUUAUAUCCCUAUUUAGGAGCCUCCCCAGACGGACUUAUUGAUCACAAUACUAUUUUAGAAGUAAAAUGUCCAUAUGCAGCAAGAGACUGUCAAACUCUUAACGAGGCAAUUGAAACUAAAAAAAUAAACUUUUUAAAAAUAAACGAAGACGGACAAGUGAUUUUAAAGCGUGACCAUAAUUACUUUUAUCAAAUAAUUGGGCAGUUAAGAAUUUCAUCAAAAUUAUUUUGUUAUUUUGUUGUGCAUACACAAAACUGGACGCAUAUACAAAAAAUCGAAUAUGAUUCUCAGUUUUGGACUGAAAUAAUGGAGAUGAAAUUAAAACGGUUUUAUUGUGAAUGUUUACUGCCGGAGAUUGUCGACCCCCAGUUCGGAAAACGAGGUAUAUUGAGUGAUAUAAUAGAGCCAGAAUAUAUAAUUCAAGCACAACAAAAACAAAAAGACAAGAAAAUAAAAGCAAAAAAAUGUUAAAU